AUGACUGAUGAACAAGUCCAAGGUUCCCAAAGGGACACAACCAUUGAGGAAUUGAAACAACAACGUGGCUCGUCAAAGGGGAGGCAUGGUUACAUACAAUGCCCCUCAAAAUAUUCAUGUAGAUUUUGUAAACAACGUCAUCACUCGCUUCUUCAUAAGCAAUUAGAACCAACCUGUCCCCAGAAAGAAGAAGAACCGUCAUCAUCAUCUGCUGCUACACAUAGCACCUUUCAAAACAAACCCAGUCCCCAAGUGAGUGCUGUUAUUCUUGCUACUGCAUUAGUAUUGGUUCGUGACUCAGAGGGAAAAUAUCAAUUGGGCCGUGCUCUGCUUGACUCUUGCUCUCAAGUUAACUUCAUAAGUGAGACAUUAUGCAAAUCUCUUAAUCUCAAGAAAUGCACAAAUUCAACAGAUGUCUCUGGAGUUGGCUCUUCGAAGUUGAGAGUCACUCAUAAAACACAAACGACAAUAAGAUCUCGUCUUAAUAACUUCAAUAUGUCAUUAGAGUUCCUGGUUUCUCGCAAUAUAACUGGUUAUCAUCCUGAUGAGAAUCUUUCCGUUAAUGAUUUCAAUUUGCCCUCCAACAUAGAGCUAGCUGAUCCAGAAUUUCAUCGUCGACGAGGAAUCGAUAUUUUACUCGGAGCAGAAUCAUUCUUUUCGCUCUUAUCCGUUGGUCAAAUUAAAUUUGGAGAAAAUUUGCCCACUUUACAAAAAACUCUCUUGGGAUGGAUUGUCUCUGGAAAGUAUACAAGUCAAACGGCAAUAUCAUCACAAAGGUCUACUUACUCCAUUGUACAACACAAAGAUAUUUUCCAAGAGAUAAAUAAAAAUAUUGAAAUGCUAUGGAAAAUUGACGUCGUUGAAAGCAAAUGCCAAAAUAUGUCCCGAGAACAAAAAGUAUGUGAAGACCAUUUUGUGAAAAAUGUAUCAGUUCAAUCGGAUGGACGCUUAAUGGUGAGAUUACCCUUUAAAGGUGACCCAAAUGUGCUUGGCGAUUCACGAGACAUUGCCCUGCGUCGUUUCUUUUCCAUAGAGAGAAAAUUGAACAAAAACCCUGAAUUAAAAGAGGAUUACUCACAAUUUCUUAAAGAAUAUGAGGAAUUGGGCCAUAUGUCUCAGGUGGACGACACUAAUAUUUCAGUUCCCAACUAUUACAUACCACAUCACUGUGUUCUUCGCCCCAGCAGUGUGUCGACCAAGUUGCGUGUUGUUUUCGACGCAUCAUGUCGAACCUCUUCACAAACAUCCCUGAAUGAAAUUAUGAUGGUGGGUCCAACAAUCCAGAACAAUUUAUUAAUUACUCUGCUUCGUUUCAGGUGUCAUCGUUACGGAAUGACAGCUGAUAUCGUCAAAAUGUAUCGUCAGGUUUUGGUUCACCCUGAGGAUAGACAACUUCAGCUUAUACUGUGGAGAGAUGACUCCACCAAACCGAUAAAAACAUUUGCCCUCAACACCGUUACAUACGGGACAGCUUCGGCACCAUAUCUCGCAAUUCGAAGCCUACAUUAUGCCGCAGAACGUUUUCCCAACCCAUACGAAGUAGGAAAAGGCAUAAUCAUGAAUGAUUUUUAUGUCGACGAUAUGGUUACUGGAGCGGAUGACCUUGUAUCUUUAAAACGCAUUAAGAACGAAGUCACCGAAAUUUUAUCUUACUCGAAAUUUUCACUCUCGAAAUGGCAUAGCAAUUACCCAGGUUAUGUCUCAAGUGAAGAUGAAGUAAAAGAAAUGAAGCUAAAUGAUGACGUCACAAGUACUUUGGAAAUGCAGGCUCAGGGUAUAUUAGACAUCGUCGCCAAUGACGAAGUAAAUCACACUCACGUAAUGCUAAUCAUUGCAUUUAUAUCAUCAAUGAUAUCAUCCUGCCAUCAUCGGCAUUGUUCACCUGCAUUAUCCAACAUAAAGUCAUCAUCAGCCAAAACAAGAAAAAGUGUCACUUCAUCUUCGUCGUCGGCGUCGUGGUACUGUAAAAUUGCAGAUGGUGUUGUUAUAGGUGAUGUUAUUGGUGCCUGUGGUGUUGAUGAUGUUGCUAAUGUUAUUGAUGCUGUCAUUCAGAUGUGUGAUGGUUCUUGA